UAGUACGCAUUCCGUACACGCGGCUUGUUAAACCGAUUCAGGUGGCGGGUAAACGUCCUGAGGCCGACCCUGACCUUUGCAGUACCAGCAUCCUUUGGCGCAGAUAUCGCAGGAGCGGAGGAAGGGGCGGUAUAAAUAUGAUUAUUCCUGACGUACCACCCAUGCGGACGCAGUACCUUCCAAUCGAUAUGGGUCUGCACACCUUUGCAUUGGUUCUGCUCCUCGCUGCUCAGCAUGCAUUCACUGAGAAUCUACAUGAAUCGAUGACUGAAGAUGAGCUGGCGUUUUACCUUGGUGUCGUGUCUGCUUCUUCUGCUGCUCCUGAAUACCAGGUUGUGUUCAUGACACCGCCUUUAGCAGUAGAAGGUGCUGACAGUGAAGGAGGCAUGGGCACUGAAGAGCUGCGAUACGAAUUCCACGCAUUCGAUAUGCCAGUGUCACUGAAACUCCGGCGAAAUCCUUAUUUAAUUGCGCCGUCUUUCAAAACAUUUAAACAUAAUGGGAACGCACAAAGAAUAUUGAGCAGGACUCCACCGAGGUGCCACUAUUUACACCAGAGUGAUGGGACUGUUGCAGCCAUUAGCAUGUGUGAGCCGAGAGAAGUUAGAGGAGUCGUUUUACUGCCAAAUGACACGUUGCAAAUCAGCCCGCUGAGCCACCGCCUGCGAACAAUUAUCAUGGAGCGAGAGGCGGCCGUGAUUGCUGAAGGGCAAGGACCUGAGUCUGUGCCUCACCUGGUGCGUCGUGCGCCGCUGAUGCCCAGCGAUAGCUUGCUUGGCGAUGCCGUUCCACUUAUUUACGACCGGCAGUCUGCAGUUUUUGCCGAAAAGGCUGAAGAACUUGUGGGUAAGGAGCAGAAAAACUUUGAAUUUUUGGACGAGAAUGACGACGAGCAGGAGAGCAACAUUGACGUUGAUUACGAGAAGGAGCCUGUGCGGAAAAGAUCUCCUCGCGCCUCGAGCGACUUCAUUCUAGAACUGGGCGUCUUCUUCGACGCAGCUGGAUACCGGUUGUUCUCCCCGUUCUUCAAUUACGACGACAAACAAAUUCGGGACAUGCUGCUCGCUUACAUGAACGCGAUCCAAGCGCUUUAUUUGCACCCUAGCCUGGGGCGCACAGUGCAGCUAUCAAUUGUGCGAUUGGAUCUGUUCGUGUCGCAACCCUCGGACUUGCCGCACUACGGCGGCGAGAGGGGGCAGUUGCUCGACUCGUUCUGCCUGUGGAACGAGAAACACAAUCCCAAAGGCGACUCCGACCCCGGUCACUGGGAUAUGGGUCUCUACGUAUCUGGCUUGGACUUUUUUGCGUAUGAAGGAGGACAAAAGAGCGGAGUUACAAUGGGUCUUGCAACGGUUGCCGGUGUCUGCACGACGCAAUAUAACUGCGUAAUCGCUGAAUUAGGAACUGUGAACACCUUUGGCAAGCCAUACCCUUCGGCUGGAUUUACGUCUGUCUAUGUUUUAGCUCACGAAAUUGGACACAACCUUGGAAUGCACCACGACAGCUCUGGAAAUCCCUGUGCAAAGGAAGGAUACGUUAUGUCACCUUCUAGAGGCACCCAAGGCGAAACUCAUUGGUCCUCGUGCAGUGCCUCAGUGCUAAGAGACAUGGGAUGGGCCAAAUGUUUGAAUGACAACCCAAGUAAAAUUUCUCAAACCAACGACCACACACGUUUUAAAAAUAUUCCCGGACAAUUUUGGACGGCGAAACGGCAGUGCGAGUUUCUCUUGCGCGACAAGGACUCUGUGAUUGAGGUACAGAGCGGCUCUUUAGCGGAGAUUUGCCAGAAUCUGAAAUGUUCCACGCCACACAGAUCAGGGUACUAUUUCGCUGGCCCAGCUCUGGAAGGAACUUCUUGUGGAAGGGACUUGUGGUGUCAAGGUGGAGAUUGCGUUCCAGUAAAGCGAGUAGGCGCUCAAAAGCCACUUACGGAGUUUCCUGGCGGUUGGAGUGCCUGGAAAGAGGAUGGAAAGUGCAGUUCUGGUUGUAUUAAGGAUUCAAGGGGCUCACAAAAUAAGAGACGCGCAUGUGAUAAUCCGAAACCUGUAAACACAGACGAAGGCUGCGAUGGCUCUAGUUUUAGCGUAGGCCUUUGUGAUGAUAAUAAGAUGUGUCGCAAAAGAAUAACAGUUGAAGAGUAUGCUGCAAAAAAGUGCAAAGAAUUCAGCAAAUUGCUUCCUGAACUCGAUCCCAGCACAGGUCUGCAAGCGCCUCACGAGACUGGACGACUGUGGAUGUCAUGUUCGAUCUUCUGUAAGAGGAAGGACACAGGUGCUUUCUACACACCGCGCUUGGAACUUAACGAUUUGGGAGUUGACCCUUACUUCCCAGACGGAACAUUAUGCAAUUCAGAAGGAGACAAAAAAUCAUUCUGCUUGCAGCAUCACUGCCUUCCUGAGGAUUUCAAUUUCGAAGAGUCAGGCUCAAGAGUCAUGAAGGAAAAUGAGGUGCUUUUGCCACAAAAUGCAGGACCAAAGCCAACAAAAUCUUGGCCAGAAACGAUAAAGGAUUUUUUCACUCUUGGAAAAGACAACAAAUCAAAGCUGAAAACUUUAAAUCUCGGUCGGGCUGAUCUGGACAGUUUAUUUUCGGAAGAAGACUGGGAUGACAAGGAUUAUAGAGAAAUUCCUCAUUAACAGCCAAAUUUGAAAUGAAAAUGGGAUUUGGUGUAGGUUGGUAAUUGAUUGUGGGUGUUAAAAGCUAAAAAAUAAAAAAACAAUGUAUGACAUAA